GAAAUUCACUUUUAGGCCCGGCGUCUCCGUUUCAAUUUCUUUCAAUUCGGUUCGGCGAAAAUCACUGCAAUUCCAAAAAGCCAGCUAUCCGGUGUUAGCCCGUGCAAGGCCCCCCCGCGUUGGUCACUUUGUUGUAAUAUAAUAUAACCAUAUUACAUAUCCGAUCGAGCGAAAUCACUUUUUGGCUCGGCGUCUUCUUUGUAAUAAAUUGCCUGCGGGUCUAAGACGCUUUGAAAACUUAAUUACUGUGUGUGGAAGACAAUAGAGCCGGGCCAAAUGGAUGAUAAUAUGGAGAACGACGAUGGAAAACGCGUGACGCGGGCUCGCACUCGCCGACUAUCCGUCCUGGACACAGACAGUCGUCCGAGUACUCCGCAAUUGGUGGAUGCGGCCGCCGAACGCGGUACUGCCUCGCCACGUGCCACACGCCGCACUCGCCUCAACUCGUCCACUGUGGAUGUGAGGACUCCAACCAGGACCAGACGCGCCUCCCUGGCCCGCGUUGAGACUCCCGAGCCGAUCACACCCUCUUCCGUGAAGAGGACCGCUCGCACGCCUGCCAAGGCCACCAGAUCCGUGCGCCAACAGCUCACGCUCACCGAGGAGGCGGAGGAGAUAGAGGCCAAGCAGGAAAUGCCCAGUCCCAGACCAAGUCCAUUGCCCAAGGGCGGCAGUAUGGAGCGGAAGGCCAGUGCCACCCCAAGUCCCGUGCCUGGGCGCACACGUACGGGCACGCCCACACUGCUCAGUGGUGAGAAGCGGAUGACCCGCUCCAUGUCCCAAACGCCGCCAACGGGCAGCAACUCAUCGCCACAAGCAGUGGAGACUACUGCUAAGGCUAAGACUGGUACCAGAGGCACACCCAAAGUCGCCAUCAGGGUGGAGAAACUACCGAUGGACAAAACAUCCGCGAAGAAGGCGGAGGCGGUCAAACAAUUGGUCCUCCAGGAGAAACUCAAGGAAAAGGAAUCCGCUGAGGGAGACGUUAGUUCUCCCAAGGAUAGACAAACGUUUUUGAAGACAUUCAACACACUUGCACAAAUCGAGGCUUCAAACAAAGCUUUUAAAGCUGAAGGAAGCGCAGACUCUUCAGAAAUUAAAGACUCUGCUAACGAAACAUCCAAGAAAGCGGAAGAGAAGAAAGUCGAAACUCCACAGAAGGUUCAUUCAGUGGAGACUCCAAAAAAUGUUAAGAAAGAUACCGCUACCGAAACAUCGAAAAAAGUCGAAACUCCCCAGAAGGUUGUAAAAUCUGUUGAGACUCCCAAAAUUUUACAGACAGCCCCCAAAAAUGUAAAGAAAGUCGAAACUCCGCAAAAGAUUUCUGCUAUGGAGGCUCCUAAGAUUGUCAAGAAAAUCGAAACUCCGCAAAAGAUUUUAUCUGUGGAGUCUCCUAACACUGUAAAGAAAAUCGAGACUCCGAAAAAGAUUUCAUCAGUGGAGUCUCCUAAAAUUGUAAAGAAAAUUGAAACUCCGCAAAAGAAUUCAUCAGUGGAGUCUCCUAAAAUUGUAAAGAUAAUUGAAACUCCGCAAAAGAAUUCAUCAGUGGAGUCUCCUAAAAUUGUUAAGAAAAUCGAGACUCCGCCAAAUAUUUCAUCAGUGGAGUCACAUAAAACAGUAAAGAAAAUCGAGACUCCGCAAAAGAUUUCAUCAGUCGAGUCUCCUAAAAUUGUAAAGAAAAUCGAAACUCCGCAAAAGGUUCAACCUGCAGAGGUUGCUAAAAUUAAAGAGAAAGCCGAAAAUGAGAACCAUACAAUUGAAAAGAAAGCACAAACACCGCAGAAGGUUAUUUCUAUUGAACUGGUGGACACAAGCCCAGAAAAAGAUGAGUCCAUGGAGGAGCAAGAGUUUUUGGAUGCAGAAGAAUCGCAUGUUGAGGCUGAGCCACAAGGAGACGAGCCAAUGCUGGAGGAAGAACUAGAGGAGAUAAUCAACCUCGACAACGAUGAGCCCGCAUUUUCACCCCAGGCUGAAGAUAAGGCAAAUGAAAGCGAGGAAGCUCCCCAAGAUGAAGCCAUGGAAGUAACAGAGGAAAGCAAAGUCGACGUGACCGAGGUUAUUUAUCUACCGAACCUAACUCCUAACAUCAAAUCUCGUGUAGUGACCUCCCCAGUCGAACAGAAAAAAUCGGUGGGCUUUAACAACGACGGUGAUGACUUUGAAGUCGAAAAGACUCGUUUUCCAAAGACUCCCGGUCGAGAGAAGGUGCCAGUUUACCGCACUUUGACUCCGAAGCCAGAGACGCCAUUGAAACUAGCCCUUCAAAAGGGUCGAAAUAGUUCCACGCCCAUAAUGAAGGCCCCAGAGAGAACGCUGUCCAUCAGCAAUGCUGAAUUGCAGGCUGCUCCUCCCCAAAUUGAUGCUAUUAAGUCAUUCGAUGAGCUGGAAUCGGAGAAUGCCAAGGAUGUGAAGGUGCAGCCAACCAACAAGUCAACCCAAAAGGAUGUGAACGAAAUCCUGGCUCGCCUCGAAAGCUCCGACGAAGUGGAGGAUGAAGAAGACGAGGUGGAGAAGGAAGAAGAUAAACACAUUCCCGAGUUCGUGGACCUGGAAGCUGAAGAUGCUGGUGAUGAUUACGUGUCUGGAGACUCGAUGGACAGUUCGAUGCGGCGGGAGAUGGAGGAGAAUGAAAUUCCCCACGAGGGUGAGUCCGUUGGCAGUAAGGACACAGAGGAGUCGACCCCAGAAGAAUCGGAAGGCGAUGAUUCCUUUAUUGUCUCCGACAAUGAGGAGGAUUUGGGUGAACUUUGCUACUCUUCAGACGAGGAAGAAAUCGAAGAUGUUCCUUCUGAAAAUGCCGAGAGGAACAGCAGCAAGCGUCGCCGCAUUAUGGUGCACAGUUCCAGUGAGGAAGAGGAGCUCGAAAGCCAAGUCAAGGAGUUAAGCCAGAGCAAAUCGGAGAAGCCCAAGAACCAGAGCAACUGUUCUUCGAAUGCCAGCAAACUAAGCGAGGCUGCCCAACUGAUGAACGCCAGCGAGGAGAAGUCUUCGAUCUCGGAAGCCGAACUGGAGAGAUCCCGCCAAGUCGCCCUCAACGAAUUGAACAAGUCCGAGAGAUUUAACAAGACAGAAACGCGCCUGGACGUCAGCGUCAUGGAGGUGGACUCCUCGGACCACGAUGAAGUGGAGGAGGAGAUCACGAUGAAGUCCAAAGCUAAGGCCAACAGAAGUGUGUAUGAAAUUAUGGACUCCGACGAUGUGGAGGAGAUCGAGGAAGCAGCUAAGAAAGUAGAAUCCGAUGAGAAAGAGGAAUCGCAUGAGAACGAAGCAUCCGAUGAGAAAGAGGAGACGGUUGAGAACGAUGAAUCCGAUGCAGAUGAGCCAUCCGAAAACAAAGGCUCUCCGGCCACUAGAAAAUCCACAUCGUUCCAGACCCAAAAGUCCUCCAAAUCGGCAGAUGAAGAAGCUCUGCUCGCUGAAUUGGCCUCUAGUAACCUGAGCCACUUGGCAACAAUGUUCAAUCCGCUUCAGAAGUCCCGUCGCCAGUCCCUGUAUGUCCCUGUGGCAGCCAAGGAACCGAAACUGAGACGUCGCAGUGAUCGUGCCAAUGUCGCCAGUGACUUCUGUCCCUCGCAAUCGUUUGUUCAGAUGGUGGCCGAGAAGAAACAACAGAAGAACAAGCGCAAGCGGCUCUCCAAGAGCUUGUCGGGCGCUCCCGAGGAUCUUGAGGAAAUGGAGAUCCAGCACGAGCGCAAGCGUUUGAAGAGUUCGCAUGAUGACUCCACGGAAUUUGUGGAUGAAGAUCACGAGAACGAGGAGGCGCCUGUCGCCGAGGAAGAUGCUAGCGAGGAGGAAGUUUCUAGAACAGACAUUGCUUCACCUCUAAAAACUAAUAAGUCUCCAGAAAAAGAAGAUGCCAUUGAAGAAUCUCCCUCGGAGGAGCCCACAACUUCUCAAGACCCCAAUCCACCCGAGGAGGGUCCAAAAACAAUUGAAACUUCUAAAACUGCUGAGAAGUUGCUGGUUAAAAAGGAAAAGGACGCUGAGUUUUACUUGGCAUACUGUCACAAUCUUUUGGAAGCAGCCAACGAGGCCAAGUUGAAGGAGAAAAAAGAGCAACUGGCCACGGGAUCAAAGCCGAAGAAACCAAAGCGACUUGCUGCGCAAGCGGCUCCCAAACCCUUGGUCACCGCUAGCUCCUCGAACGCAGAAAAACCGAAGGCUAAGCCUACCGCGCAGCCACCUUCGCUCAAGAAGGACAUUAAGCGUCUGCAGGCAGCACGCCAGGCUGUGAAUCAUGCUGUGAAUCUUCUCGCGCCACCAAAAGCCGCGGAUGGAGAGCCUCGCACGCUCUUGCGCAAAUUGUCGCCACAGCCGCCAGUGGUGGACAAGAAGUCGGCCAAGCAGAAGAAGCAGGCGAAGAAACCAAAGGCACAGGAGACAACACCGCCAAAGAGUUCGGAUGAGGAGAACUACGGCCAACGGGUGAAUCGCAUCCGCACAAAUGCCGGCUACGUGACGGUGACCGAUGCGCCAGUUCAGAAAAUUCCCAAAAUCGAACUGAUCAAGACCAGUUCGGGUCUGGUGCGCGUGGAGCCGGUCACUCCCAAGCAGAAAUACUUCCGCGCGCUGCCUUCCACACCAAAGUUGCAUGGGUUCAGCGAGGAGCCAGGACCCUCUGGCAUGUCAAGGAAGCGCUCCAAACAUCCGCAAGCAAAGGGCGAAGAUCGUGCCAAACACAAUCCCGCCAAACAGUCGGCGCUGCGCUUCAAGGAGCAGAUAUUUGCUCGCAAAUCUUAGGAUAAUAUUCAUAGAGAUCGAAUCUAGUAUUAGCGGUUGGAAAUGUCAAGUGUACACAAUGCAUACUUUAAAUUUUUGUUUCUUUUCUUUACUAUAUCCCCCCCAAGUUGAAUUUGAUUUAUCUAUUAUUUGUUCUUUUCAAUAUUUGUUGUGAAACAUGACUUCAACUUGCCAUUUAUUAUACUUUUGAUCCAUCACGUGUUCACAGCCAUCACACACAGAAUGCAUACUUUAAAUUUUUGUUUCUUUUCUUUACUAUUUCCCCCCCAAGUUGAAUUUGAUUUAUCUAUUAUUUGUUCUUUUCAAUAUUUUAUUGUGAAACAUGACAUCAACUUGCCAUUUAUUAUAUUUUUGAUCCAUCACGUGUUCACAGCCAUCACAUACAUACCCCAGAAAUAAAUUUAUGUUUGUUGAAUCUUAA